UGCGCUAUGCCUGUCUUUGAAGGGCUUUUCCCAGAAGGCAAUGAUGAGGUGGUACAGUCGCUUUUGUACAGAUUCGUGCAAUGGCAUGCCCUUUCCAAACUCAGAAUGCAUUCAGAAACCACCUUGUCAGUUUUGGACAAGACCUUUAAGUGCCUCUCCUGUCAGUUGCGCAAUUUUCAUGACUUUACCUGCACUGCUUUCACCACCAUGGAACUACCUAAAGAAACAGCUGCUCCCCAAUGCAAAGCUGCUCACCAACACCCAGGUAUUGGGAAUCCAGACCCCCGCAGUGGUGGCCGAAAGGCCAAAAAAUUCAAUUUAAAUACUUACAAAUUUCAUGCCAUGGGGGAUUAUCUACAGACCAUCCAGCUUUUUGGGACAACAGAUUCCUUUACAUCACAGAUCGUA